GAGUCUUCGCGUCCAUUUGUUUCCCAUUGGACGAAAGGCAACCCAACAGAUUUGGUACUCUCAUGCCAAGUGGUUGGAACCGAUCCGACCUAUGGCUUCCCACGAAUCUGCGAUCAGACUGCCUCGAUCCGCGUUUUCGAAGACAGUGCAUCCGGGAGGAAUCGACGUCACCAGCAUAUGACUAACAUUGCAAUGCCAGAAGACGAGUUGGGCAAAAAGCUGGUUGAGAUUCGAGCCAAGUGCUUCAAUGUCACCAUGGCUAUCCAAAAGCACACAGAGAGAUGUCUAUGGUGCCCUGAUCCAUCAGAAGUGGCUGUAGUUGAGCAGAAGCUGCCCGAAAAUAUUCCGUCAGCGAAUCCGGCUUCGGUAUUUAUGCGGUUGUUAGGAGACACCAUCAUGCCUCUAUCCAUGCUGGUCUUGGCAGGGAUUGCCAUCAUGUCAACAAUUGGCAUCGGUUGUGUACUGAUCGCUUUACUCCUUCUGAAAAGGACUAGUUGCCAUAUUUCUUCAAAACCAAACUCUCAGCCACGUUCUCGGUCAAAUCUAGUAAAGAUACCAGUUCGAGAUGCACCAUGGGAACAGACGCGUCCGCUCACCUACUGGCUGUCUUCUUCGUCGAAAUCCGAAGCCACAACGACGUCACCGCUCGAUUCGGCUUCAUCUAUAGGCACACGGUCGUCGGUCAUCAUUUCAAACUUCCGAACUGGAUGUACGAUACCGCAGAAGCAGCUUACCACCAGAUUUCUCCAAAUUUUUCGAUAGAGUCGGAGCAGGGGCCUGGCAAUUGUUGAUGAUCAGAUGGAGUUUACACGCUAGGGCCUGCCAUGGGUUCGGGUGCAAGACAAGCUGUUGAGGAAAAAACCACGACUAGAGCGAUGUCAUGGGUGAGGGCCAGUCUGAAUGUGGAACCUGGAAACACCAAACCAAGAUGAGCAUGCGAAUGCUCACAAUGCGCUUUUACCAGGGGAAGAAAAGGUUUCUGAAGAGGAAGUCCCCUGAUGCAAACUGACGAGAACUCAUGAAGUCUUUGCCAUUCUGUGAACAUUGCAAGUUAACAACCCAGUAAGCUCCCUUUACUCAAUAUUGUAGAAGAGCCGUAUAAACUAGUUUCCUUCAGUCUGGAUUCUCCGAUUCUCCUAUCUCUCCUUAAAUUCAUCGUCAUGUUGUUGCUUUCAUAAUUUCAGUUACCUUCAUUAGCCUUAGAG